GGCGAAGAAGAGGCGUGAAAACAUUAUGUCAUCAACUUUUAUUGAAGACGCGCCGUGGGGUUUGCUUUGGAAGCUUUGGCUUGUCCCGACGAGAUGUUCCCAGCAGAAUUAGCCCGAAGUUGUAAUUAAAGCUGCACCUCUGCGACCCUGGGACCCCGUCUCUUAUGCCAUACAAGCCACACUGUUUCGUGGGAUCCAAACGCAUGGGCCUCGCUUGCCGCCUCAGAUGCCAACACACCCACGCGAAGAUGCAUAUAGAUAUCCCUGACAGGUUGACGUUGGGCGUAGAAUGGUUUCAGCCACUGCGGCUUCGAGAACCAGUCAAUCUAACGGAUUACAUAGGCUCCUAUGUUUGUAUAAUUUCCAUCACGCAUACCAGUCGUGUUGAACUAUAUAUGCGAGCGUUAUCACUGGAACUGCAAGCGGCAAUCUCUCUUCUGACUCUUAUCUCUACAUCAUGACAUCUACAACCCCUACUAAGAAGGUUCCUUACGUACGCUUGGGCAACUCUGGCUUGAAAGUUUCCAGGAUUAUCUUGGGAUGUAUGCAGUACGGGCCGAAGACGUGGCAAGAUUGGUGCCUCGGACAGGAGGAAGCUAACGCUCACAUCAAAGCCGCCUACGAGGCAGGCAUCCAAACGUUCGACACCUCAGAUGUUUAUUCAAACGGAGAGUCCGAAGUUAUCCUUGGGAACGCGAUCAAAGAGUUGAAUCUCCCCCGGGAGGAGAUCGUCGUCAUGACUAAGCUUUACUCCGUGGUGACGCGCGACGGAGCCAACGCGCUCGCGACAAACAUCGGAAUGGACCCCGACGUGUAUGGCUACGUGAACCAGCAUGGGCUAAGCAGGAAGCACAUAUUCGAUGCUGUCAAGGCAAGCUUGAAGCGACUUCAGCUUGACUAUAUCGACGUUUAUCAAUGCCAUCGUUACGACUACAACACUCCUAUCGAAGAGACGAUGCACGCCCUUCACGACAUUGUGAAGGCCGGAUAUGUUCGCUACAUUGGGAUCAGCUCCUGCUGGGCGUACCAGUUCCACGCCAUGCAGAACUACGCUAUUGCCAACAACCUCACACCCUUUAUCUCCAUGCAAAACCACUAUAACCUAGUCUAUCGAGAGGAAGAGCGCGAGAUGAUGCCGACGCUAAAGAUGUUCGGAGUCGGCUCGAUUCCAUGGUCUCCACUCGCUCGAGGGCUGCUCUGUCGUCCUCUGGCACAGAAGACGACACGCGGCGAGACAGAUUGGGCCAUUAAGGCAUACCACGCCGGACCCGGGACAGAUGAAAUCAUCAACCGAACGGAGGAGAUCGCAAAGAAGAAAGGCGUAAACAUGGCUCAAGUCGGGAUUGCUUGGCUGCUCUCCAAAGAAGGCGUGACGGCUCCUAUCGUAGGUACGACGAGUCUCAAGAACCUCGAAGACAUCAUCGCGGGUGCGGAUGUCAAACUCACCGAAGACGAGAUCAAGUACCUGGAGGAAGCAUACCAGCCCCGUUCUGCGUUUGGUCACAUCUGAUGAAGGCCACCGUAAACUGAAGCUGCAAAUACCUAUCUAACCCGCCAACAAACUGUACAGUACGUUAUAACAAGAAGUACAAAUGAU